AUGUGGCGGCUUACACGACGCCUCGACUGGCGUUCGUGUUUCGUCGCAAUGGCGGCGGAGGGGCGCGUCGCAGCAACGGAGACCUUCGCGUCGCCAGAAUAUGCGGCUAGCUUUGCUACUACCUCUGGCUCUCCUGUGCAUAUCCGCGUUGCACGGCGCAUCUGCGGGGAGAAAAUCGAAGAAAACUCCUCGUUCGCCGCCCCCGUCCGCGCCGCCCCCGCCUCCCCCGCCGUCCCCGCCUCCUCCCCCACCACCUG